GUUUGCUUCAGCUGUGAGACUGAAGUCUCAUAUUAAUUUCACCUUGGUCUUGGAUGCUUUAAUAGGAUGUAUUUUAAAUGAAAAAUACAUUGUUUGUGUCACAGAAGCAAAAGCAUAUCAUGGAGACACCAGACACAGGCAAGUGGGAGCUUGCAGGUUAUGAAGCUGCUCUCCCUGUCACUGAGAAAUCUAACCCCAUUACAAGGGAAAUAGACAAAGCUGAUCCUCUCCAGAUUGUCCACCUGCUAAAGGAAUGUGAUGCUGAAAUAUUUCAGGAGGAGGAUGAUACACUUGUAAACUACAAGAGGCUCUACAGUGCAUCUGUACUUCAAACUAUGAUGGAUGUAGCCAAGAAAGUGGAAGAAAUUUUAAAGGAUCCAGAACACAGCCUCAUUAUCCUCAGUGGAUGUGGAACCUCAGGAAGAUUAGCUUUCCUUCUUGCGACUUCAUUUAACAAACUGCUCAAGGGACUGCACAAAAAUCAAAGUUAUGACUACAUCAUUGCAGGAGGAGAUAAGGCAAUUCUGACCUCCCAAGAGGCACCUGAAGACAAUCCCCAUCUAGGUGUUGAAGCAUUAGAGAGGGUUUGCGCAGGGAAAAAGAAAGUUAUCUUUAUUGGAAUUUCAUGUGGGCUAUCGGCUCCUUUCAUUGCUGGUCAACUAGAUUUCUGCCUGAAAAAUCUAGAUGUCUUCACACCAGUUUUAGUUGGCUUCAAUCCUGUGAACAUGGCAAGGAAUGAGAUCAUUGAAGAUUGGCACCUAACUUUCCGCCAAGUAGCUGAAAAAAUGGAGGAAGUUCAAAAGACCCGCAGAGCUUUCAUCCUGAACCCUGCAGUUGGACCUGAAGGCAUCAGCGGCUCCUCGCGUAUGAAAGGAGGAAGUGCAACCAAAAUCAUCUUGGAGAGUCUGCUUCUGGCUGCCCACACGGCUACAUCCAACAACAAAGAGCUUACAGCUAAGAAUCUGCUGGGCUGGAUGAAAACCUAUGAAAAGGUUCACAAAAUCACUUACUCCCAGGGUAAAAUGAUAGCUGCGAUUGUAAAGCAAGCAGGUGCAAGCUUGGAAAAAAUGGGCCGGAUAUACUACAUGGGUUGGCAGACCCUAGGAGUGAUGGGAAUCAUUGACGCCAGUGAAUGUGUGCCAACAUUCGGAACAGAUUUUAGUGAUGUCCGUGGAUUCAUAAACAAAGGAUACAAAGAAAUGGAGAAUAAAGAAGGAGACUUAACAUCACAAGGGCCAGUAUUUGAAAUCUCCCAUGAAGAUUUUAUGAAGAACGUCUUGCCAGAUGUUACAGAGAAUGAUACAGUAGUCUUCAUAUUUACACUAGAUGAUGACCUCCUGGAAAUUGAAAAGCUGGCAAACCAAGUAAAGGACAAAACACCAAAUCUUUAUGCCAUCUCCCAUGUAACCACAGGGCAGUAUGUUUCUGCUAACAUCAAGAAAACCUUUGCAUCUGUUAUGAGUAUGACAUGGCCCAUUGUAUUCUUCGAAUAUGAAGGAUUUUUUCUACAGAAGUUUCAGAGGGAACUGAGCACUAAGUGGAUCCUGAAUGCCAUCAGCACUGGUGGUCACAUCUUGAAGGGAAAAAUUUACUUCAACCACAUGAUAGAUCUGAAAGUCAGCAACAGCAAACUGUUCAGAAGGGCAGUAGCUAUUCUCCAGAGAUUCACAAGUCGCUCCUCCAUCAUGUGCCAGGAGGCCCUGCUGAAGUCAAUAUAUGAGACUGAUGACCUGAGUGAUGAAAUAAGAAAUGUAGAGAUCUCUACUCACACCACACUAGCUGCCACAAAGUUCAAAGUGGUGCCCACAGCAGUAGUACUCUUGACUCGGAAUUGCUCAGUAGCAGAAGCCAUGUCUACGAUACAGGACAAGCCCCUAGUACGAGAAACCAUUGAUCGCUUCCUGACUGCGCCGGGAAGAAAACGAACAGCAGACCAGAAUGAAAUGCACAGAGGCAAGGAAAAUGAAUGAGGAUAAUGAAAAAAGAGUGUAGCAUAAGCUUUGUAUUAGGCUAAGAAAAGCUAUCAACAGCAAGUAGCACAAAAUAACAUUUUGAUCACAUUUGCAGUUUCUUAGUUUCUGUGAUGGUAUUUUAAAUAUUUUUCUAAAUCAUCCAAUCAUCUUUUUUUUGUGUGUGUGUG